UGCGAACCCUAGUAGUGCACGAUGUGCUUCAGCAAAGUAGAUGAGAAGAGUAGCAGAGGACUACAGAACAGACAGCAGAAAAAGGGGUAAGAAGACCAGGAGAGAUGAACACGGAGAAAGUACAGCUCGCUCACUCGCUCCGUGGAGUUACGCAGCGAGGUUUACGGAAGGUGGAUGAUUACUCCUUUGGGACACGUCAGAAGAGGAAACUCUUUCCUCACUACCACCCCCCAACCUGGUUGGGGAACACGUUUCUCCCUGUCAGGGGAUCGCCCCACACAGGUCCGGGGUGUUACACGGCAGCAGAUUGGAAUGGUUUAGCAUACAGCCUGUCUCAUGUCCCGACCAGUACAAAAGGUUAUGCUAUUGGAGCCAGGACAGCCGUGAGGUUUAAGCCAGUCAGCAAGGAUGUGACACCAUAUCCAGGAAUGUACCAGAAAGUUUGUACUUGGAAUGAAAAAUCCAAACAAAGCUUUGCACCAUUUAAUGCCUUGAUGCCUCGAUUUAGGAGUGAAGCUCAGGGCAAUUCUUAUCCUGGACCUGGUACAUACAAUCCAGAGAAGAAGUCACCCCCAAAAGUUGUUUGGCCAAUGAAAUUUGGAUCUCCAGACUGGUGUCAGAUUCCAUGUCUAGAGAAAAGAACUCUAAAGGCUGAGCUCUCCACAGACAAGGACUUUAGAAAGCAUCGGAACCGUGUGGCCUACUUUAGCCUGUAUUACAAAUGAGAAGUGGGCACUGUCUUCACGUGAUUUCCUGACCACAGAAUCUCCAGACCUGAGGACAGAACUGCUCCUGUACUUCUGUGUUCCUGGGGUCUCUUGUUGGCCAAUUCGGCAUCCAGGGAGGGGCAAGGGUCUCACAGUCACCCUAUGAAACAUAAAGACUGUUCUAGAAUGUUCCUACUCUGUCUCUUUGUUUGUGGUCUAAUGGUCCCUGUUGGAUGUCCAACCAGGUAGUUUCAAUGUUGAGAAAUACUCAGGUAUCCCUUAACCACUACCUCCAAUUCUUAGGCAUCAGUCUUGAAUGUUCUACCACUAGCCUUGCCACUAGCCCAUAUAUGUCAAGGGCUUAGGUAGGAUUUGAACCCACAAGACAUAGAAAAUAAAUUCAGGUUAAAACAUUUAUGUUUGGGGAGUUCUUUCAAACUUUAUCAGUUCUCGGGUAUAGAAAUGGAAAUGUCCUGGUUCUGUUCUUUCUUAAACUGGCAUAAAACUCAAAGAACCCAAAAAAGUCCCAUUACCCAUGACAUCACCUGUUUAGCCUGCAUACCAAGUUCCUACUUAAUGUCAGGCAGAGGGACAAGUAUUGGGAAUAUUCUAGGAAUCAGCACAUACCUAAGCUGAAGUCUGAAAGAAGGUGUUUAGGACGUUGAGUGAAGAUUUUCAAGUGAGUCUUGAAGUAUGAAAUAAGAAUUCACAGCAGCUGGGCACAGUGGCACUCACCUUUAAACCCAACACUUGGGAAGCAGAGGCAGAUAGCACCCUAGACUACAUUGUGAGUUCCAGGACAGCCAGGGCUGUAUAGAGAGACCCUGACUCAAAAAGCAAAAAGUAAAUAAAAAGAAGAAUCCACAGCAGCCACCUUUAAAGUGCACAUCUGUGUAUAUAUUAGGUCUCAGACCUGGGACAAAUGGCUAGCUGAGAUGCCUAUUUAGCAUAUCAAAGAGGACCUGGCUACUGGGUCCCUACCUGUUACAUGGCCCUCCUGGCUGAGACAUCCCAAUCCCUACCCUAAACUUCUCCAGCCCAGGGACUGGGCUGUCCUUCCCUAUAUAAUUCAGCCAUUUUGGUUACCUGCCCCCUUUUUAAUCUAUCUUUUGCACUCCUGGCCUCUUGGUCUGGCUCUUCACUCUCCCCUCACCCCUCUCCUCGCAUGGUCCAACUCAGGGUUGUGUUCUCUCUGGAUGCUCCCAGAUGUUCCUGCCUCUGGCUAUUCUCUCCCUUUUAUCUACAAUAAACUUUCUCCUCCAGCAUA